GCGUGUGGUGAAUCUGUUCCUCAACAUAACCCAGCUGGGCUUCUGCUGCGUUUACUUUGUGUUCCUCAGCGACAAUGUCAAACAGGUGGUUGAGACUGCAAACGCGACGACUGUGAACUGUCACAACAAUGAAACCGCAGUGAUUGUCCCCAGCUACGACUCUCGCCUCUACAUGCUCUUCUUCCUGCCCUUUAUCAUUGUGUUGGUGUUUAUCCGCAACCUCAAGUACUUGGUCCCUCUGUCGUUUGUAGCAAACAUUUCCAUGUGUGUCAGCCUGGUCCUCAUAUACUACUACUGUCUGACGAAUAUCCCAUACCCUAUCAACCUCCCGCUGGCGGGAAGAGGAGUUAACUAUCCUCUCUUCUUUGGAACAGCAAUUUUCGCCUUUGAGGGAAUUGGAGUUGUGCUACCACUUGAGAAUAAGAUGCAGAAUCCCAGAAACUUUACCACGGUCCUGUAUCUCGGCAUGGGCAUCGUCACCACCCUCUAUAUCACCCUGGGCACCAUCGGCUACAUUGGGUUCGGAGAGCAUAUUCGGGGGAGCAUCACAUUGAACUUACCGUUGUGCUGGUUGUAUCAGACCGUGAAGCUGCUGUACUCUUUUGGGAUCUACAUCACUUAUGCGCUGCAGUUCUACGUGUCAGCAGAGAUCCUAAUCCCGCCGGCGGUGGCGCGCUGUGGUCCCAGAUGGGCGUUGAUGGUGGACCUCGGCAUCCGCGUGGCUCUCGUAGGCCUCACAUGUAAGUCGCUGCAACACAACACCUUAAAGUGUUAGUUC